CUCAUCGAAGUAAAUAUUAAAUUGAAAGAGCAAAAAAAUAAGUCUUAAUAAACGCAAAGCAUUAAAGAGAUGGCAAAGAACCUCAACUCCGUUAGCUUCAUCGUUCUCUUGCUGGUUCUUUUGGUGGCUUCCACCGAAAUCCUGAAGAGCGAUGCUGCAUGCUUCACGUUCUUAGGCGAGUGCGGGCCGGAGCCGUUUACAGGUUCAAAUGCUGAUUGCUUAGCGUGUUGUGUAGCUCUCUACAAGAGUCCACCAGUUUGUGCUGGACGUGUUGAGGGAGUCCCGGCUCACUGCCAUUGCUACAAAUCGUAAAGAGGUUCAAAAUAAACCUCAUAUAUAUAAUUACCAAGUGUAACUUUUCUUUUCAUUCGGUGUGAUAAGGACAUUACAUGUGUGUGUGUGUGUGUCUGUGUGUGGUAAACUGGUGUCUGGUAAGUUUCUUUUGAAUCCAAAUAAAACAUCAAGGGCAAAGCUUCACUGCUUCCCCUUAAUAAAUGUAAGCUCAUGUUGUCUUCACUUUUGAUUCGUUUUGAAUAAUAAACUCGUUUUUUGUUCCCCAUUUCAUUCGAAACUAUAUUCAAAUUU